AUGCCAAAUGAUGUGAAGAAAAACCCCACUGUAUCUGAGUUAUGCUUCUAUGCUACUCCAUGGGAUGAACUACAUGUUAUCAUCGACCGUCUAAGGACAGAGUAUAUGCAUAAUUUAGGGUUUGAGCCAGAAACCAUGGAUAUGGAGAACAAAAGAAUUCUGGAUCGACUGGCCACAACAGGUAUGUUUGUCAGCAAGGACGGGGCUGCCAUACCUAUUUUGGCACAUGUGACGAGUGACCUAUACUGGUACUACAUCGUGGAGCUGGGGUUCUACUGCAGUCUGCUUUUUACCUUAUUUACAGAUCACAAACGAAAGGACUUUAUGGAAAUGACAAUACACCAUCUUGCCACUGUUAGCUUGCUCUACUUUUCCUGGCUCUGCAACUUCGUCCGUAUUGGAAGCUGUGUACUCAUCAUCCACGACAUUGCAGACCCAUGGUUAUCGCUCGCUAAAAUGGGGUUUUAUCUGAAAUGGGACUGGUUAAAGGACAGUGCAUUUAGAAUGUUUGCAAUACUGUGGUUUGUAACAAGAACCUUUAUAUUUCCAGUCUGGAUCAUUUACUCAGCCGCAAAAGAAGUAUUUUACGUCAUCGACGAGCCUUUUGUCGUGUACUACAUCUUUAACGCAUUCCUUCUCAUUCUGCAAGUGUUGAGUCUCUUGUGGUCCUGGUCGAUAGCAAAAAUUGUCUACCACAUUCUUCUAGAUGGAAAGUCUGAAGAUAUUCGAAGCGAUAAUGAAGAUGACGAUAGCCUUAGUAGCAGUUGA